UCCAUUGGAAUGUCAAAUUUAGCUUAGAAUUUUUGUGUUUAUGCUUGAAAAUAUUUCGUUUUCAGUGAGAUAAAAAUGGUAGACAGUAUGUGUACAUUAUCUUCUCUAGAAGUUACUCGAAAUCCGUUCGAUAGUAACCAAGAAGAACGAGUGAACUGUCCAGGUUUCAGUCCUUCCAUGUUCCGUAAGCAAGAAACCCCCGCAAGUCAAAAGGUGAGUAUAAAUUUAGAAUUCCGCGGGAUAAAUCACUAAGAUUUAAUCAUCGCGUUCUUUUACCUUACAUCGAUUUUUUUUUAUUUAAUCUUCACAGAAAUCAAGAUCUUUUAGAUGGUCAAUAGAUCAGAUUUCCCGUUUGGUAAGUUCGCCCACUGAUACACUCCAGUUUACCGUCCACUAUCCAAUCCUUUGCAGAUCCGAUCCGCGGUUUAUAUUUACCAGUAAGCUUAUUGUUAUCAUUUAGUUUUAAUUCCUCUUGUCCUUUAAGACUUUCAAAGCAAUUUAAAGCCUAUAUCUCACAGACGGUCAUUUUUGUAGAAGAUCGUACAAAUAGCGCGCGGGCUGAGAAACCAGUGGAACCCAGCGCGAUUAUUACGAGCUGGCACAGGAUUGAUAUUGAAGGCAGCCCUUUCGCUGUAGCUCGCUGCGUGUACAUGGCUAUCAGUUUCCCGGCCUUCUUCGUCUAGCGAACAGCUGCCUGUUUUGCGGGUUCUAUUGUGGGGAUGGAGCAAUUCUCUCUGAUUCUCUCCACUCUCCAUUUACCGCCACUCGAUCUCCACCGUAUUGUCUACAUGUAACUCUAUCUGAUCCCUUGGGAAAGUUGGAACUCGCUGGUUUCGUCCAAGAGCUUUCAGCGUAUUUGUUUACGGCCUAUUUAUUUCAAUACUCGUUUUUCAGAAUCCAGCUGAUAUUGAUGAAUUUCCAUGUCAAGAGUAUAGCAGCACAUUUGAAAGGUUGGUUCUUAUAAAUUAG